AUGGCGUCUACGGAAGGCCUUGUGCCCAUCACCCGGGCUUUUCUCGCUUCCUACUACGACAAAUAUCCUUUCCCUCCUCUUUCCGACGACGUUUCUCGGCUUUCCUCUGACAUGUCUUCUCUUAUCCAGCUACUAGCCCAACAAUCUUCUCCUUCACAAGGGGAAACUUGCCUGAUCGACGAAGCUAACCAGCCGCCUCCUCACAAAAUUGAUGAGAAUAUGUGGAAAAAUCGUGAGCAGAUGGAGGAGAUAUUGUUUCUUCUGCAACCAUCUCGUUGGCCUGUUCAGCUCCGGGAACCUUCCACAUCUGAAGAUUCUCAACUGUCUUCUAUAUUGCGAAAUCUCAAGGACAAUUUUGAUAACGCAUUGACUGCUCUGAUUUCCUUCCAGACCAAAAAUUCCGAGCGCGUAUUCAGCACAGUUAUGACCUACAUGCCUCAAGAUUUCCGGGGAACGCUCAUCAGACAGCAGAAGGAGAGGUCGGAGAGGAACAAACAGGCGGAGGUCGAUGCGCUGGUUAGCUCUGGAGGGAGCAUACGCGAUACGUAUGCUCUUCUUUGGAAGCAGCAGAUGGAGAGGAGGAGACAGUUGGCUCAGUUAGGCUCUGCGACUGAAAAAAUGGACGGAAGUGGCGCUUACAACCCUCGCACCGUGGAGGAGGUGUUUAGGGAUUUCAAAGGUCGUAGGGCUGGCAUGAUUAAGGCUUUAACCACUGAUGUUCAGGAGUUUUACCGACUUUGCGAUCCCGGUGAGUGUUUCUUCUGA